AUGAAUAUGAUGAAAUGGGCCCUGGGAUCAGCUUUGCUGGCUCUCCCACAGCUUGCUACAGCCCAGCCCACUAACCACACCAAGCCGCUGGUCAAGGACAAGGCUCUCCAAGAUGCCAUCACGGUUGAGAAUCUCUACAAGCACGCCGAGAAGCUCCAGGCCAUUGCGUAUUCCACUCCUGGUCGCAACCGGGUCGCCGGGUCAACUGGCCACGACCUGACGGUGGAAUACAUCUCCGAGCAGCUGAAAGCUCUGGGCGGCUACUAUGAUGUCCAGCUUCAACCUUGGGAGGGAUUAUCGCAGCAGUAUGGGGAGAUCUCCUUUACUGUCAAUGGAGCCGUGUAUGACGCUAAGGUCGUCGAGUUCUCGUCCAAUGUCACCGCAACAGAUGUCCCUCUGAUCGUUGUCCCUAAUCUUGGAUGCGAUGCUGCCGACUUCCCAUCUACAGUAUCAGGCAGUGUUGCGCUGGUUCACCGUGGGUCAUGCACCUUUGCCCUCAAGUCACAGAAUGCCAAGAGCGCAGGUGCUGUCGGUGUCAUCUUCUGGAACAAUGAAGAUGCAGGCGUUGUUUCUGGAACCUAUGGUGAAGUUCUCGACAACGCUGUCCCUGGUGGUGGUAUCUCUCAGGCAGAUGGUGAGACUCUCGUCGCAUUGAGCGGCAACACCACUCUCACCACCUCGCUGGAAAUCGCCACCGUUAUUGAGCUUGUUCAAAGUUGGGCUAGCGACAACGUGAUUGCCACGUCCAAGUACGGAAGCUCCGAUAAUGUCCUGUUCCUUGGUGCACACAGCGACAGCGUGGCCGAGGGUCCAGGCAUCAACGACGAUGGUAGCGGAACUAUUGGUCUGCUGGAGACGGCUAUUCAGCUGGCCAAGUACAGCACCAAGGCUCAAAUCAAGUUUGGGUGGUGGACCGCUGAAGAGUCCGGGCUUCUUGGAUCGACCUACUACGUGGAGACCCUCUCCAAUGAGGAGCUCCUAAAGAUUCGCCUCUACCUCAACUUUGACAUGAUUGCAUCCCCCAAUUACAUCCUAGGCCAUUACGAUGGUGAUGGUAGUGAAUUUGGUGAGGCCGGCCCUGCUGGUUCUGCCGAAGCCGAGCAUUUCUUUGAGGACUACUACGAGUCCAACGGUCUCAACCACACCGCUACCGAAUUUAGUGGACGGAGCGAUUACGGUCCCUUCUUGGAUGCCGGUGUCCCAUGCGGUGGCUUGGAUGCCGGAGCAGACGAGCCCAAGACUCAGGAGUGGGUUGACAAGUUUGGCGGCACCCUUGGCGCUAUCCUUGAUCCCAACUACCACACUGCCCAGGAUGACGUUAACAAUUUGAACAAAACCUGCUUCGGCAUCAUGUCCAAGGGCAUUGCCCAUGCCGUUGCUUACUAUGGCGCCAGUGGGUUCGAGGGCUUCCCCGAGAGAAACACUACGGCAAAGCGAUCUGUGGGAGAGGGAAUCAAGGCCAAGCCUACUCACAAGUACCCAUACAAGUUUCCUACUGUUCUGUAA